UAAUUGAGGGAGACAUAUAGUAUUUAUUAUUAUAGAAUUUAACCUCUGAAAAUCACCAAUAAAAAUUAGAAAAAAGGAGAAAGAAUAGUCCACAUGUCCACUCACUCACAUGUAUAGUUAGUUCUCUCUCUCUCAUUAUGAGUUUCCAAAGUCAAUGAAGGUCAUCUAUACUGUCUUAAAAAUACAUCUGCAAAUUUUUGUUGUAUACCAAUUUUCUCAAGUCCUAAGUUUAUAAUGGAUAUUACUGGUCCCUUGGUGGGGAUUUUAGAUUUAAUAUGUACACCCUUUGCAACAAGAUUCCAUUACUUUUACAAUGUUGAGAAACUUGAGAAAGUUCUACUCAAUGAUUUGGGUAUACUAAAAGAAAGAGAAAAAGACAUCAAAGAGGAGAUUGAGUGGGGAAUAAUGAACCAUAGAAAGAAGCUAAGAAGUGAGGCACAGUUUUGGCUCAAACAAGUUGAGAGUUUAAGGAUUGAAGUGAGUGACAUUGAUGAAAAGAGGAGAUUCAUCAAAGGAUGUUAUCCUAAUUGUUAUUCAAGGUAUAAAUUAGGAAGAAGUAUAGUAGGAAAGAUUAGACAAGUUAAAGAGCUUCAAGAGAGAGGAGCAUUUGUGAAUGGUUUGUUCAUUGAUUUAACAUUCCCAGAUAAAGGAAGAAGUCUUAUACCGACAUCAUCAUCGAUUACAGAAACGAUUCCAUCGAAAGUUUUACAUGAGAUAUGGGAGUGUUUAGUAGAUGACAAUGUGCAUAAGAUAGGUAUAUAUGGCAUGGGUGGUGUUGGAAAGACAACUAUCAUGAUGCAUUUAAACAAUUUGCUUGGUGAGGAUAAGAUUUUCGAUUUUGUCAUUUGGGUUAAUGCUUCGAAAAGCUUUGAUUUGAAGAAGCUACAAACUGAUGUGGCUAAGGGGAUAGAGUUGGAUUUCUUGGAUGAUGAAGAUAUGAUUAGAAGAUCAGCCUUGUUGUUUGAGCAAUUGCAGAGAAUCAAGAAAUUUGUACUCAUAAUUGAUGAUUUGUGGUGUAAGUUUUGUUUAGAAGAUGUUGGAAUUCCACAACCAAGUAAAGAAAAUGGUUGUAAAAUAGUUUUCAUUACUCGGCUUAUGGAAGUAUGUAGAGGUAUGGAAACACACAAGGAAGUUAAAGUUGAUGUCCUUUCUAAAGAGGUUGCUUGGAGAUUGUUUGCUGAUAAAGCAGGAAUCCAUACAAUUAACUCUAGUGAGAUACAAACUAUAGCAAAGAAGAUUUCAGAAGAAUGUGGAUGCCUUCCUUUAGCGAUCAUCACCGUGGGGCGAGCUAUGAGAAGAACUGAUGAUGAAAGAGUUUGGAUGAAUGCAUUGGAAGAACUGAAAAGCUCGAAAGCUGAGAUUGAAGGUAUGGAAGAAGAUGUCUUUUCGCGUUUGAAGUUUAGCUAUAAUCACUUAAAGAAUGAAAGAUCUCGAGCUUGUUUCUUGUAUUGUGCAUUGUUUCCUGAGAAAUCCAAGAUUGAUGUUGAAUUGCUGGUGCAGUAUUGGAUGGCAGAAGGUUUGAUAGACGAAGUAGGUAACCGAACGAAUGAGAUAAACAAAGGAUAUGCAAUAGUAAAGGAACUCAAAGAUGCAUGUAUGCUAGAGGGUAUUGGAACAAGGUGGGUUAGAAUGCAUGAUUUGGUGAGAGACAUGGCUAUUAGAAUCACAAGUGAAUGCCCUGUGUUCAUGAUAAGAGCUGGUCUUGGUUUGACAACAUUUCCCAAGAAUUGGAGGGAUGAUGUAGAGAGAGUUUCCCUAAUGGAAAAUAACAUAAAAGUUGUUUGUGAUGUUCCCAAAAGUACAUGUUUAUCAACUUUACUCCUGCAUAGGAAUCACUUUUUAGAUAGUAUUCCCAACUCAUUCUUCUUAAACAUGCCUAAUCUUAAAGUUCUUAAUCUUUCGGGAACUCUUAUCGAAUCGCUUCCUGAUUCACUUUCUAGCUUACACAAUCUUCGAGCGCUUCUCUUAAGUUCUUGUAACCUUAAGUUCUUACCUUCUCUAGCAAUGCUCAUAGAGCUAAGAGUGUUGGACCUUUCAAAUACUUUGAUUGAAAUGUUGCCACAUGAUAUUGGGACUUUGAUCAAUCUCAGACAUCUUGAUAUCUCUUACACAGAAGAUUUGGAAAUCUUUCCUGCUGGACUUAUCCCAAAGCUGUCUCGGCUUGAAUAUUUGACCAUGUUUAGAAGCAACUGGAGCUGGUCAAAGGAUUCACAAGAAACUGGAAGUGGAGUAGUUUUCGAUGAGAUCAUCAAAUCAACACAACUAACAAGUCUAGGUCUUACCUUUGAGGAUUUAAACAGCUUCAAUAGUUACAUGAGAUCAGGACAUUGGCGAGAGCUGAAAAGCUACCAUAUUGGUGUAGGACUUUUGUCAAGCUUUUCGCCAAUAUCCAAAGAAGCUUGCAGCGUCGAAAUUCAAGGCUGCAACCUCUCUAGUAGUAGUGGAAAUUCCAUUGAGAUACCAGAAAACACUCAACAACUAGCAUUACAGGGCUGUCAUGAUAUAACUGUUCUGUCGAAAUUGUCAAGCACAUCAAACUUGGCUGGAGUCAAUGAAUGUUAUGUUUCCACAUGUAAUAGGUUGGAGUAUGUCAUAACACCCGACGGGACUUAUUUUUCGAAUCUAAAGAGUUUAGUCCUCAGAAAACUCUAUAGAUUGAAAGCUAUUUGCUAUGGUGUUGUAGAUGCUAAUAAUGUACUUUCCAGGCUCAAAAUUCUGCAUAUUCACAACUGCAAUAGUCUCAAAACUAUACUGUCUACUGUAUUUUCACAGUGCCUUGAGAAUCUUGAAGAGAUUGAGAUAUGGAAUUGUCAUUCCUUAGAAGAGAUUAUUGAAGAAGGGGAGUUAGAGUUAGAUAUUAAUGUUGAAAAUUCAGCUUCUCUAUCUCUAAUAAGACUCCCAAGAUUAAAGAAAAUGGAUUUGUCUACUUUACCUGAGUUGAGAAGUAUCUCCACAAGAGAACUUGCUUGUAAUUCAUUGAUUUCUAUUGAUGUUUGGGACUGUGAGAAGCUAAAGAAUCUUCCUUUCUCAGUGGACAACUUUCCAAGCUCUCUCAAGCACAUUGGAGGAACCAAAAAGUGGUGGGAUGAGUUGUGUUGGGAAGAUGAUCAUCAUAAUCCUAGUCCCAAAACUUUCCUAGAGCCAUUUUUCAAGGAAGACAGAUUAGAAGAAGCAACCUAAAAUCAGUCAAUGGUUGAUUAUUACCUUCAUGAGUGGUGAAAGAAUGAAGAAAAAAAAGGAAACCAACUUCAGCAUUUUGAUUUAUGAAGAUGGGACUUGAAAUUAUGAAUGCUGCUAUGCUUAAGUCCUUCAAAUGAGGAAGAAAGAGUUUCUGGUAUACAAUUAAACUGAUGUUCUAUUUUCUCAUUCCAUAUAUGUAUAUGUAUAUAUUCAGUAAUAUCUAUACAAUUACAUAUGAGAAAUUUGAUUUUCUAUA